UAUUCAAAAUUUGUCUGAUUCUAAAACUAAAAAGGUCCAGUUCCUGGAUAAUCAUUUCUAAAAAAUAGGGGUUUCCCGGCUAAUGCCAACAUUUGCAUGUUCUAAAUCUUACCAAGCAACUUUCACUUGAUGCAUGUGCUUCUCUUACGUUUGAGGUGUGUGUGUGUGUGUGUGUGUGUGUGUGUGUGUGUGUGUGUGCGUGUGUGCGCACGCGUGUGUGUGUGUGUGUGUAAUUUGAUGUUCUGGUUACUCACUGAUGCAGCACGUAUAAAAGCAUGAAGGAGCAGAACAGCACAGACAGACAGGGACUGAACCCACUGCAGCGCUCUCACUUCUCUAAGCUAAUGAACGCUUUACGACUCCUCCUCGUCCUCCUGGCGGCGUGCGCAUCAGAAUGUUCAGUCAAACACAAUUGUGAGGACUAUGACAUGGAGUCCUUUCUCCUGCUGGAGGGUGAAGCCUUUUAUUUUGUGCCGUACAUCGUUAAAUACCUCAAACAGCCUUUAAAUGUCACCUGGUACAAGAAUGCAUCCAAGGUUGAGUUCAUCUCAGCUGAUGUGAAGGACAGGGUCCAUUACCAGGACUCGGCGCUCUUCCUCUUAGACCUCGUCCCUGAGGACUCUGGGGUGUACGUGGCAAGGAUUGUGGAGCCAUCAGGACAGUGUAGCAACGCUUUUCUAAAUGUCACCGUCUUCAAAACGAGCUAUAAAAACAACAGCGAUGUCUUCUACGGAAAAAUCCAGACUUCAGAUACGAAUCAGAUGCUCUCGUGUCCACAGAUUGUUAAGAAAACAUGUGAUGACCUAAAGGGAAACUUCACCUGGUAUAAGGACUUCAGUCUUAUUAAAGGUGAACAUCAAAACCUCCUGCGGGUUAAUUCAGCCGCCAAACAUCACGAGGGCGUGUACACAUGCGUGUGCAGCUGGACGCGUAAUGGCAAGGUUCAUGUGUCGUCAGGUUCCAGGAAGCUAAAUAUAAAAGAGCCAAUUCAUGGUGUGGAAUUCAUCUUUCCAGACAAACACAAUCCGGUUACUAAAGCAGGGCGAGUUCCUGGUUUGGAAUUCAUCCCCAACAAACACGAGCAGCUUGCUGAGGAAGGUUCUGAGCUCAAGCUCAACUGCUCGGUUUCCUGUGAAGCCAAAGACAAAACCUGCCGCGCCUCCUGGGACGUGAGUGAGCCGAUGGAUGGAUACAAACAAACCACUGAGAUAGCCACUGACCCCUCACACAACAUCACUGCCGUCCUGACCAUUGCCAAGGUGUCAGACAAGGACUUUGAGACUGAAUUCCAAUGCGUGACCUCGAAGGCAUCCACCACUGUGACUCUGAAACGAAAAGGGUCGGUGGUUCCAAUGGUGCUCCGAGGACUGUGUGUGCUGCUAUUCUGCCUCGUUGCUGCCGUGCUGGUGAGAUGCUUCGCCCUGGACCUCGCCCUCGUCUUCAGGCCCUGCUUCCCAGGGAGCAGUCGCAGCAAAGAUAUGAAGCUGUACGACGCCUACGUGGUUUACCAGACGGAGAACCUGGACAAGAGCAUGGAGGACGCCCUCGGCCGGUUCGUCAUGAGCACGCUGCCCUCGGUGCUGGAGGAAAAGUGUGGCUACCGACUCUUCAUCCAUGGGAGGGACGACAAACCGGAGGAAGAUAGUCUGGAGCUGGCGGAGGGUCGCAUGAAGCAGAGCAGGAGACUGAUCGUCAUCCUCACACAGUGUGAGGCCACAGAGAAAAGUGCUGUGACCACCGACUCAGAGAUGCAAGGGUUUGACUGGCAGGUUGGACUGAAGCAAACUCUGGUGCAGAAGGACAAGAAUGUAAUUCUGAUUGAACUGGAGGAUCUCAGGCUUAAAGGGCAUGCGCGCCUCUGCCUGAACAGGCUGCUUCACCCCAGCGGCCCCAUCAGGUGGCAGGAGGGCUCUCAGGACGCCGCUGCGUACAACUCCUACUUCUGGAAGAGGGUGCGCUACCUGAUGCCUGCCGUACCCGUCAGCAGGUGCCCAGCCUCUGCUCUACUGCACAGUUGUAUUGUUCUUAUAGAAGAUGAAUUAAGGCAGCCUGUCUUCUGCCCCCUGUUGUAUCAUUAUCAUUGUAUCAUCACGAGUCACUUCUUUAAACUGUUCUUUCUCUGGGGUCAAAGGCUUCUUUUUGUUUGCUUAGUUGUGGCAAUAACAUCAAUCAUUUCUUUAAACCACUCAGAAAGCCAGGAUUGGGUUCAGGAUCAGCCUUUGUGUGAGAACUCUGACAUGGAGUCCUUUCUCCUGCUGGAGGGUGAAGCCUUUUAUUCUGUGCCGUACAUCGUUAAAUACCUCAAACAGCCUUUAAAUGUCACCUGGUACAAGAAUGCAUCCAAGGUUGAGUUCAUCUCAGCUGAUGUGAAGGACAGGGUCCAUUACCAGGACUCGGCACUCUUCCUCUUAGACCUCGUCCCUGAGGACUCUGGGGUGUACGUGGGAAGGCUCGUGGAGCCAUCAGGACAGUGUAGCAACGCUUUUCUAAAUUUUACCGUCUUCAAAACGAGCUAUAAAAACAACAGCGAUGUCUUCUACGGAAAAAUCCAGACUUCAGAUACGAAUCAGAUGCUCUCGUGUCCACAGAUUGUUAAGAAAACAUGUGAUGACCUAAAGGGAAACUUCACCUGGUAUAAGAACUUUACUCUGAUUCAAGGUGAACACAACCCUAACCUGUGGAUUAUGAAGGCGACCCGACGCGACCAGGGCAUCUACACCUGUGUUUGUAGCUUCACUUAUAAUAACAGGACGCACAUCUCGUCAGGCUCCAGGUUGCUGUCAAUGGAAGAGUCAGGAGGAGCCAGCUACAAUAUAAUGAUCCUCUCUCCAACCAGCGAGAAGCAAAUAUGUGACGAAGGCGCCGAGCUCAAACUCAACUGCUCAGUUUUGUGUGGCAUUAACGUUGACAUUUGUGAAGCUCGUUGGUACAUCAACGGAAAACGCAUCAACCACAUGGACGGAUACAAUCAGAGCACUGUUAUAACCAGUGGUACACAAACUAUCACCACUGCCUUCCUCACCAUCCACAAAGUCUCUGCUGAGGAUUUCCUCUCUGAAUUUAAAUGCAACGGCAACAACAGGUUCAAAGAGAACUCCACCACUUUAACUCUAGAAAGAAGAGGGUCUCUCGUCCCACUGCUUGUUGGGAAGCUGUGCCUACUGUGUUUGUGUGUGUUCACUGUCAUGCUGUUCAAGUGCUUCCUUAUCGACCUCACUCUGUUCUUCAGGACCUGCGUUCCAGUGAGAGCUUACAAAAAAGAUGCAAGGACGUACGACGCCUACGUGGUUUACCAGACAGAGAACUUGGACCAGGCCACGGAUGACGCACUCGGCCGGUUCGUCAUGAGAACUCUGCCCUCGGUGCUGGAGGAAAAGUGCAGCUAUCGACUCUUUAUACACGGCAGAGACGACCUUCCUGGACAAGACCUCAUGGAGCUGGUGGAGGAGCGCAUGAAGGAGAGCAGGAGGCUGAUGAUCAUCCUCAGGCUGGACUCGGUCUCGCAACCUCGGGUCGAGGAGAAAGCCACCCCGGUCCAGAACUACAUGGGAGGUUUUGACUGGCAGGUGGGGUUCCACCACGCGCUGAUGCAGACCGGGGUGAAGGUGAUUUUGAUCCAGCUUGGGGACACAGGGCCCCAGGGAUACGCCGACCUGCCCCUCAGCCUUCAGCACCUGAUCCGUAAGAAUCCUCCCGUCAAGUGGCCAGAAGGCUGUGAGGCUGCUGCGGCGCUGAACUCACGCUUCUGGAAGAAGGUGCGGUACUUGAUGCCUGCCGUGCCGGCCAGAAAGUGUGUGCGCCGUUCAAAGAAGACGGUGCCUAAAGGCGGACGAAAGAUCAUGUCAGUGUUUUAGCAGCUGCACUUGAAGCUUGACGUUCCAGAAGACAUUCUACAUUUGAAAGAUUCUGACUGACUCGUGGUGCCACUGAACAGAACGUCAGCAUCUUCUUAACGCGCUACAUCGUCACCCUGUCUUCAAGUUCAAGUAGCUGCUUAUGUAAUACAUACUGUAAUAACAGUGUUUCAGCAUGUUUGUAUAUUAGACAAGCUGCUGCUUCUGUAUUGUGCUUUGACUUAAAAGAAAAAACAAAUUGUGUUAUGAAAAUUGAAUAUUUUAAUAAACAAAAUGUGCAAAAGCGUUUACUAUUGAUGGCCUGUGUCCAGAGAAAACCGGAAAAAGCGGCAGUAUUGUGUGUUGUGACUGAAAAUGGCCAAAUCCUACAACACACAGAAUGCAUUGCACUAAGACAAACCUCCCGACCUGCUGUGAUUGAACGUACCUGGCUGAGGGCUUGUUACUUCUCCGGUUUGCCAGCGUUUGUUAAAAUAUAACCUUUUGUUUAAAAUAAUUUCCAAUGUGUUUCAAUAAAGACGUUGGUUGAGUCGUU